UGGGACAGUACAGUCAAAAGCAUCGCCCCAUACGCUUUCGCACACACCAACCUUACCGAAAUUCAGCUAGGCCUCGAGCUUCUCUAGAGAAACAACAUCAACCCUGCUCGCGUAGUCAUGAGUCUAGGUUUCUACGGUCGAACUUUUACGAUGAAGGAUCCCAACUGCAUGAAUACAGGCUGUGAAUUCACUGAGGGUGCGAAGGGUGGUGAAUGCACAGGAAUCCCAGGGGUGCUAUCAGCCGCUGAGAUCAACAAGAUCAUCGAUAAUGGCGCAAAGGUUUCGCACGAUCUCGAAGCUGCAGCGAAGAUCUUCACCUGGGACGGAAAUCAGUGGGCAAGCUUUGAUGACGUUAAGACGCUGAAGAUUAAGCUGGAUUAUGCAAAUCAGCGUUGCUUGGGAGGAACCAUGGUAUGGGCAAUCGACUUAGAUGAUGGUUCCUUUUUGGAAGCUUUGACGCCGGUGAGCACUAAGAAGAAGGAAG